AUGAUUUUUAUCGCUUGGAAUUGCAGGGGUGUGAGGGGUGGUAGUACUAGGCGGCAUGCUAGGGAUCUCCUGAAAACGCCGAAUGUUGGCGCGCUUUGUUUCUUGGAAACAAAAACUAAGGGGGCUGAUGGUUUACUAAAAAUGGCUGAUAAGCUUGGCUUUUUCUCUUCCUUUAUGGCUGAUCCUCUCAAUUUUGCGGAAGGUUUACUCUUAGUUUGGAAUAAAGACCGUGUUCCGCUCUUUGUGGUCGAGCACAACUCACAUACCAUCCAUACUUUGAUUCCGCGGCGGGAUGGUAAAAACAUUCGAAUUUCCUUUGCUUAUGUUAGACCCAAUUGUAGGGCGAAAGAAAUUUUUUGGCGGGGUUGCAGAGACUACUCUACUUCCUUUCAAGACCCAUGGAUCGUCCUCGGUGAUUUUAAUGACAUCUCAGGGCAAUCAGAUAAAUGGGGUACUGGGGAGAUCGUUGUCAGUUCAGUUGAUAAGUUUUUGGACGCGAUGAAUGACUGCGGCCUCAUGGAUCUUGGGACUUCUGGGUCCAGAUUCUCAUGGUACAUGAAAGUGGGGGAGAGGGUCACGCUCAGAAGGAAGCUAAACUGGGUUCUUUGGAAUAUGGAGGCGCAGUUGUCCUUUCCUGAAGGAAAAGCCCACAUCUUGCCUUGUACUCAUUCGGACCAUCAUCCUGUUCAGUUUGAUAGUGUCGCGGGUACUCCACCACCUAAGAAAGAGAGACCGUUCAGGUUUGAGGCGGUUUGGCUCUUGAGAGAUGACUAUCGAGGAAUCUGGCAUCAAGCCUGGAGCUCAUUCUCAGAUAAUAUCUCAAGCGUCAUUGAUCACGUGGUUAAGUUGUCUAAAGAUAGGAAUCACAAAACCUUUGGGAAUAUCUUUCACAGGAAAAAAAACACGCUACCAAGAAUAGUGGGGAUCCAGGCUUCGCCCAACUACAGUUCUGAUAGGGGGUUGUUAAGGCUCGAAAAAGCUCUUCUUAAUGAUCUCAAUAAUACCUUGAAACAAGAGGAGGUUUUCUGGAACCAAGACGCAACGAGGGAGACUCCUACCCUUAGGAGCGGGCGUAAUAUCAAUAGCAGGCAGGCACAAAGUUUGAUCCGCCAUGCUACGGUGGGUGAAGUCCGCCACGCUGUCUUCGGCAUGAAACGGUUUGGGAGCCCGGGCCCGGAUGGGAUCCAAGCAGCCUUCUACCGGCAUUACUGGGAUAUCGUAGGUGACUCGGUAACGAAUUUCGUUAUCUCAUGUCUCAUUUCAGGUACCGUUCCAACUGGAAUGUUGGAAGCUUACAUGACUUUGAUUCCCAAUAAAAAUUGUCCAGAAAAUGCAGGGGAUUUUAAGCCAAUCACUCUGCUUAAUGUGAUCUUCAAGAUUGUCUCCAAAGUCCUUGUCAACCGGCUCAGACCAGUCAUGAAGAAAAUGGUGGGCCCGUUCCAAAACAGCUUUCUCCCAGGAAAAUCUACUCUUGAUAAUGUUGUUAUGACUCAAGAGGUUGUUCACAAUAUGUCUAAAGGACAAGGGCUUCAUGGUACUCAAAUUGGAUAUCCACAAGGCCUACGAUAG